CCUUAUGUUUGACAGUGACAUACAUCAAAAGUCGAAUAAUAUGAAGAAAAAGACGCUGCUAUUGAAGAAAUUUUGUAAUUCGUCUACUCAAACAGAACCUCGUAAACAGAUUGCUAAAGACGAUAUUGAUUGCAACACUAGGCAUACUGAAGAUAUGGAAAUUCCAGUUCGUAAUAGUAUUAUAAUUCAGCCAAAGGUGGCCACAAUAUCAAAACUACCCGAGUCUUAUAAUAUGUUUGUUAAUAAACUAGCUGAAAAAAUGAAGGCGAAUUCUACUUUAGUAUUGGAUCAACCAAACCAAUCAAUUAUUAAACCAAAUGACAAAGUUGAGCAAGUGAUAUCACUUAAAAGAAAGUUUGUGAAACCAGGACCUUUAUGUUACAAGAAAAAAAUUCUUAAUAAAUAUAACAAUCAAGAGAGUGCUAAAGAUGGCAAUUCUAAAUCAGGCAGUAAUGUAGAAAAUGUUUUGAUUCAAAAGGAAUUCACAGUUCCCGGGAAUUUGGGAAAUUUAAUUGCAGAUGAAAGAUUUUCUCAAAAUUCAGUGAUAAACAAAGGUGAUAAACAAACCGAAGAAAGAAGGUCUAAAGAAACUGAUAAAAAAUUUACAAGAAACACUUCUAGUUUGCAUAAUAUAAAAAUUACUCAUUUGACAUGUUCAAAAUCAUCUGAUUCACGCGAAUCACAGCAUUCUGAACGGAACAGUGAUUCGAAUCACGCAAAAGAACAGAAUUAUCAAGAAUAUCUGCAUUUUGAAGAUGAAAAGUCGUUUAUAAUAAAAGCAGACAAGAUUUAUAUUUAUAAUCACUUUUAUAAUAAGCAGUGAUAAUAAUUAUAUUAUUGAAUGAUAUAAUUGCAAGUUCUGUGCAGUGUUCUACUUCGCUAUUACUUGUUUUAUUGUGAUUAUAGCAGUAUAUAUUAUGUAGUUAAAAUUAUAUAAAAAAUUAAUUAUAAUUUAAUAUCU